UAUAGUCUCAAAGAAAAGGGGUCUCAUUGUCCUCUUGACCAGGAGUAACACGCUCUCUCUCACCUUUCUUUUGCACAUCACUCACAACAUGCGCAUCGCAGUAUUGCUAUCCUUUAUUCUAGCCUCUCUUUAUGAGGUGUCUGCAGUCGAAAACACGAGUCCAUUCCUAGCAUGGUCGCCUCGCAAGUUCGCCGUCAGCCAGGGAUUGAACAAGCAGCUUAUCUCGGUUGAGAAUCUUCGGCAGGGCGUAUACAAUUUUGUGGAUUGCUCGCACAAGGCGAUCCUAGUUGUUGAUGAGCCCGAGCUGCAUGCUUCUGACCUAGGACAGAGAGGAAGAGAUGGGCUAAAGAACCAGGUCCAAGGAGCCGCAAGUUCUCUUCAAAUCCCUUUCGUGGAGGGUGGUGUUGAUCUUGAGAAGUUAGCGGAACGUCUCUCUCAGAAAUGUCACACGUCGUUUAUUGAUACUAGUGUGGUCGAGGUGAGCUCCGUUCAUGACCCUUCUGUCUUCUACCAGAGUUUGACAUCCGAUUCCAAGUUUGAGAAUGACAAUGCUCUAGAACGCACCAUCAAGGAGAUCCGCAUCAACUUUCAGGACAACUUCUUGGUCCUGUACUCAUCUAGUCACACCAAGGUCUUCCCCUCGAAGCGUCAGCUGCAUGCCCGACAACUGCCAGGGGAGCCAACACCCACAAAACAGGCCGGAAUUUUCCACCAAUACACGUUUUUCUCACAGGGCAUCUUUAUGGGCUUGUUGAUCAUGGUGAUCGUCAUUCCUAUCGCUAUCAUGGGAGUUUUCUGGAACCUCAGCGUGCAGCAACCACAGCGCUUUGAGAAGAAGCAAAACUAGAUAUUAUCUUCUAUGCAGUCCUGCACGCGAAACCAGAUACCAUUACUUCGAUAGCACCUUCCUCUUCUCAGUCCUUGUGAUCAACAAGCAGGCCCAUGAGCCAUAUUCACUAUAAAUGCCUAGAUGAGUCGAUGCUAGUUCAAGGGCCAAAUUGCACCUCAUUGACGCUGCAGAACAACAUGUACUGUGUGCUUUAUGCAGCCGGGUACCGCAUUUUUCUCGAAUACCCUUAAUUAGUCAUUUCAUAACCUUUAAGCUGUCCAGGGAGUAAUCCUGA